CUUUCUGUGCGAUGCUGCUGCCGGAGCUGCUGCUACUCGGCUUGGCCGUCUCCCUGGCGGACAGCUAUGACCGAAGCGUCAACUACUGGGAGGCCUUUGCGCCCGGCAAGCUGCUCCAGCGCCUGGACGCUCUCACUGUCACGGAUGUGGAUCAAUCGAAGGUGGUUAGGCUGCCGCAGCUGAUGCAGCCCGUCCUGGCAGCCAACCAGGCGCAGGCCAAGGCGGAUGAGAAUGUCGACGUGGAUGUGGAUGUCGAGGCGGAUGCAGAGGCGGCGGUCGACGACGAUGUGGACAGUCUUAGUGCGGAGACCAGCCACGAGGGAUACUCCGGCGAGGACUACGAACGCAACUACGAACAGUUCGUCAAGGAGUACUUCGAUCGGGCUGCCGACGACGAUGACCACGACGACGGCGAUGGCCUGGAUGAGGAGGAGACCCAGGCGGAGGCCACCAGUGUCAGGGAUCAGCGCUGCCGGCAGGUCAAGCGGAAGGAUGGCCAACUGUGUGAGAUCUGCCGCCAGUUGAAGAACAACGAGGUGUCCGAAACGUGCAGCUACUCACACGACGAUCAACCGCAGCAGUACGCCUAUGGCAGCGGCACCGAGUACAAGCGUUACCGCGACGAUCCCGCCCGGAAGGCAGACCAGGAGCAGGCUGAGCCGGUGGCACCCAGCAGCCUAUGCGUGCGCCGUCAGCAGAAGAACAGCGUCUGCUACGAGUGCAAGGACAGCAAGGGCCAGACGAUCGAACGCUGCUACGAUGUGCAGGCCCGAAAGGCGAAGACUCGAAAGAAGAAGGCCUCCUCCACUCGUCCGUCAACCACCGCCCACAAACGGAAGCCACGUUCGCAGCAGUCGCAGCAGUCGGAGCAGGAGCAGCGCAUAUACAAGCGCACCAUUAGCUACAGCUAUGCCCAAGGUACGGAUCAGCAGGGGGAGCAGCCGCCAGGCGGGACAACGGAUCUGCCUGUGCCCCGUCAGCGUCGUAGGCGGCUGGUGAAGAUCACGCGUCGGCGCGGACCAGCUAAAGUGCAAUAAUCAUGUUUUGUAUGACUCCAUGUAUUCCCCACUCAUUAGCUUAGAUUAAUUGCCACACAUUUUUUUGUUACAAUAAACCAUUCUAUAAGAACACAUUGCAUACUUGUGGGCUAAUCAGCUGGAAAAGAUCAGCAAGCCUAUAAAAAGAACCAAAAAAUGUUUAAAACACAGCCUAGAAUGUUUAAUCUCGGAAGUUUUCGAAAAUCAGAACACAACGUACUUGAAAUCGAUAGGGGAAGUUCCGAAAUAUAAUGUACUCUUGUGGAUUUUUAUACAAUUCUACUAUUAGCAUAAGUACAUAUUUCGAAUCAUUUGCUUGCUUCAUAGUUUGUUUUAAGCGGAGAUCAUGAUUUAGAUACCCUAUAAAAUUUGAUAUGAAGUGUAAUUGUUAAAUGAAGAUCAAUGUUCGUCAGAAAGGCAAGGG